AUUGAGAUGUAGAGCUAGAAGCAUAACAAAAAUCCUUUCUCCAAUCAAUCAUAAACAUGGGAAAGUUUGGAGGAAUGGCUUCUAUUGUAGCCACUCUAGUAGUGUUUGUCUCAUUGAGUGUGCCUUCUUUAACCACGGCUGAUUACACAUAUUCCUCUCCACCACCACCAGCCUACCAUUACUCCUCCCCACCACCUCCGGUCCAUCACGAGAAGCCACCCAAGUACCAUUAUUCACCUCCAUCGAAAACACCUACUUACAAGUCACCACCGCCUUCCCCAGUUUACAAAUCUCCACCACCUCCUGUUCAUGGGUAUCCAACACCGUCACCAGUGUACAAGUCUCCACCUGUACACAAGUAUCCACCACCAACUCCUGUUUACAAGUCUCCCCCAGUUCAUGAAUACCCACCACCCACCCCAGUGUACAAGUCUCCCCCAGUUCAUGAAUACCCACCACCCACCCCAGUGUACAAGUCUCCCCCAGUUCAUGAAUACCCACCACCCACCCCAGUGUACAAGUCUCCCCCAGUUCACAAGUAUCCACCACCUACCCCGGUGUACAAGUCACCACCUGUUCACGAGUACCCACCACCCACCCCAGUCUACAAGUCUCCACCAGUUCACAAAUACCCACCACCCACCCCGGUGUACAAGUCUCCACCAGUUCAUGAGUAUCCACCACCCACCCCAGUGUACAAGUCACCACCAGUGCACAAGUACCCACCACCCACUCCGGUAUACAAGUCUCCACCCGUCCAUGAGUACCCACCACCCACCUCUGUUUACAAGUCUCCACCAGUUCACAAGUACCCACCACCCACCCCUGUUUACAAGUCUCCACCUGUUCAUGAAUACCCACCUCCAACUCCAACAUACAAGUCGCCACCAGUUCACAAGUACCCCCCACCCACCCCCGUUUACAAGUCUCCCCCAGUUCAUGAAUAUCCACCACCCACUCCAGUUUACAAAUCUCCACCUGUACACAAGUACCCACCUCCUACCCCUGUUUACAAAUCUCCACCUGUUCACAAGUCUCCACCAUCACCUGCUCAUGGGUAUCCAUCUCCUAGUCCAGUCCACAAAUCUCCACCAAUGCAUCCUACGCCUCCCUAUGUCUACACUUCUCCUCCGCCCCCAUAUCACUACUAAAAAAAUAUAGUUUCACUUUAAUUAGUGACAAAUAUUAUUCUGCCAAGGUGAAAAGUUUCUUGACAACCAACAAGAGAAAGUCAAAGUAGAGGACCUAUCUUUGUCGAAAGAGCUAGGAUUGUAAUCCUUGAGAUAAUAUAUAAAGCUUGUCGUUUUGUUUAGAGAUUUUGGAAACUUUAUUUUAUUAUAAAUAAAAACAACAAUAUUACCAGGAAAAAGUUUGUAAAAUUAUUUGGAUCAUGUGCUCUAGUUGUAACUCAAUGCUUUGCAUGGCAUGGGGCAUAAUUGAGAUGGCUUGGAUAUAUAAUUUUGUAUUUUUAUUAUCAAGUAUAGCAUUAAUAAAAUAAAGUAUAAAGUUCAAUUAUAGUACUCAA